AUGGUCUCAUUCGACGACACCGAUUCGCUAAUCAAUAUUGUGCGUCAGUGUUUCUUGACCGGAGAUGAUUCUCGGUUCCUUGAAGUGCUUUUGGGCAUGCCGGAUCCCGGUUACUCGGUGUCAGAUGUCCUGAACGAAAAACACUCUUUACCCAUCAUUGAUACAGAUGCGGAAACCUUCUCACGAUUUUCUCCUGAGUGUCCUUUCGUCGAGUGUGAUGAUCCCUUAGAGUACCUACUGUCAUCAUCCUGUUCUUCAACCGACGCGGUGGCUGAACAUCACACAAAGUCGGAUUCUUCUCAAAGCAGUAAAUCCAGAACUCUAACAGCUGCAGAAAUUGACCGUUACUUUCCUGUGAAACCUACGCCGACAUCACCGGAGGCCCAGUCUCCCUUCAAGCCGAAGAAAUCCAGCCUCACUCUAGCGUUGGAGCAAGCCAAGGCGGAUGGUCGGCUGCUGCGUAACAACCUGUUCUCUGAUUAUGCCGUAUAUGAUGGUCGUUUUAUUGGUCCUGGUCCACACCCGACGGUUGGUGAUUCUGGUCCACGACAGUUCACUGUUUGGUUUUGGCGUGUUUCUGGUUUCCCGCAAACCUCCAUUCGCGUCCAACCCAAUCCAGGCACAACGGUCAGACAGUUUGUAGGGUUAUCAUUCUGGCAAUACUUUAAUGAAUUGCCCCAGGCAGAUCAGGAGGCAAUCCCUCUAAAGGAUUUAGAAAGAUUUGAUAAAAACUUCGUGGAUCGCAUCUCGGUCUACAUGUUUGAGACCCCGGCGGAUAUGGACGAGUCGUGCUUCCCACCAUUUGAGCCCUCCGAUCCCAUUCACAAAUACGAGUUCGACGCACUGGCUUUCGUUGAACAGGUGGUCCCAGCUGAAGUCCCGUUGGUUUUUGUCACGAUCCAUCUACCCCAAGGAACCAGCCGAUAUCGCUUUCACGUAACCACACAACUUAGUGCAGUGGUCGAACAUGCCGUGCGUCGUCGUCACUUGCGUCAACUCAGCGGAUACCAGUAUCACUUGGAAAGUUGGCCGGCACAACCUGCCGAUCAAGAAGGUCAGCUGAAACAAGGCCAGAAGCUCGAUUUAAAUCUUCGUUUAAGCGAUGUGAUGGAAUCCAAUCUACCGCUUCGCUUCAUUCUUGUUCGUGAGAACAGUCGCAGCGCUGCGGCGAUGGUCGAUUCCUCUGACGAUGAAGGUUCACCAGGCACUGGCUACUCGAAAGCCGCUCGUGUGUCGUCUGUGCAGUGCGAUGCAGCUCUCAAACUCAGACAGUACAGUGUUACUCUUCUGAAGGGCUCGUAUUCCCGUGAGGUGCAAUUACAUGUUUCCUCAAACGGAAUAAAAGUGGAACAAGCUGCCACUUCCCGGCGGCGCAAAUUGUUCUCCAAGUUCAAGACCAUUGUCUACGGAGUACAUACCUUAGCCGAUUGUGAAAUUGAGACACCUGCUCGUGCGUCCAACACCGAAAGUAGCAGUACUUCCGCCGCCCCAAGGACGACGGGGACUGCUCAUGACCCCCCGCCGUCUGAGCCACCGUCCACACCGAACUAUGUGACGAAAAAAGUUCAGUUGAAGAUAAUCUACCUGAGCCAGCCGGAAACGGCGACUGCUGACACUACCUCGUCAACUGGAACCCUUUCAGUUGGUGGUACUCAUCGUUCCUCAUCACUUCCUUCCGCUAUCGGCACCUCGGAUGUGGUCCCGUCUUUCCAGCAUUUGUGUUUUGAAACUCAGUGGUCACGUGCCCGAGCAAUCUGUGAUCAACUUAAUCUCAUCCUCGAGUGUUCCGGAAGUAGAGCUCGCCAGUUGUAUAUGAAACGGCGUUUGGCGCUUUAAGUUUAGUUCUGUUCCUUUUUCUACCGACAACUUACACUUCAAUUUAUCAUUUCUCUAAUAAGCCUUCCUAUCAGAUGUUUUCCCCUCAUAUCAUGCCUUUGUGUUCUUUACCAUCGUCUUCCUGAAGAGCUGGCUUGUACCGAUGCAGUUAUAAUCUGAAGAUUUGACAAAAACAAACAAUGAAACUCCAUUUUUUGACCAGAUACAACAACUUUCGUUUUCAAAGUAACAUUGCUAGGAAAUACCUGAAAUGUCCCAGCGUGAAAAACGUUCCUUCAUGGGAGGGUGUAAAGCCGUCUCAGUGUACUUGCCUUUUGUAGCAGCAGGUGCAUUUUUGAUGGUAAUAUACAAAUUGUCAAAGAC